UAUGUUAUUCUAUCGUUAUUAUAGAAAAUGAUGAUGAUUUAUUAUAUUCUAAUUUUUAUUGUGGUAAAGAUGCUGUUAAGCAUUUUUUAUUUGAUAUCCAGAAUUAAUUAAAUAUUUUAUUAGAUAAAAUAAAUAGUUAUGUAGAAAUGAAUGUAGAUACUAUUCCCGAUAAUUACGAACAUCAGUGUCAUAUAUGUGAGGGAGGGUUUAAUUAUGAUGAUAUCAGAGUAAGAGAUCACGAUCACUUAACAGGUGAUUAUCGCGGAAUAGCUCAUAACCGCUGUAAUUUAAAUUAUAGAUUCAAAAAAUUUAUUCCUAUUAUACUACAUAAUUUUACAGGUUAUGACUCCCAUCUGAUUUUCAAAAAUAUUCCCCCUAAACUAUUUUCGAGAAUUCAGAUUAUCCCCGUAAAUUCGGAAAAAUUUACAACGUUUACUUUAGAUCAUUUCAAAUUUAUAGACAGUUAUCAAUUUUUAAAUUCCUCGCUAACUACUUUAACAGAAAAUUUAAAAAAUGCAAAUUAUAAUUUUCCUAUUUUUAAUAAAUUUUUCUAUAAUAACGAAAAUAAAAAUUUAUUAAAAAGAAAAGGAAUUUUCCCCUAUUCUUAUUUUAAAAACGAGGAUAUUUUAUACGAGAAAUGUUUACCCCCGAAAAAAUAUUUUUAUAACGAAUUAUCUGGAGAAAAUAUUAGCGAUGAUGAUUAUGAUCAUGCAAAAUUAGUUUGGAAAAAAUUUCAUUGUAAAAAUUUUAAAGAUUAUUUAAAAUUAUAUCAAUAUGUUGACACUUUAUUACUAGCUGAUAUAUUCCAAAAUUUUAGAAAAUUAAGUUUAAAAUAUUAUAAUUUAGAUCCAGUAUAUUUCAUAACAGCUCCAGACUUAACAUGGAAUUGUGGAUUAAAAAUGACAAAAAUUCAACUCGAAUUAUUUAAAGAUAUUAAUAUGUACCUUUUUAUUGAACAAGCAAUUCGCGGCGGAAUUAGCCUAACUUCGAAAAGAUUCGCGAGGGCCAACAAUCCUCUAAUUCCAGAAACCUAUGAUAAAAAUCAACGACAUAACUAUAUUAUUUCGAUAGAUGCUAAUAAUCUCUACGGAUUUGUGAUGAGUUCUUAUUUACCUGUAAAUAAUUUCAGAUGGUUAUCUGAGGAUGAGAUAAAUGCUUUAGACAUUUGUAAUAUUCCCGAUAGGAAUAAUAUAGGCUAUAUUUUAGAGGUUGAUUUAAAUUAUCCACCAAAUGUUCAUGACCGCCAUAAUGACUUACCAUUAGCUCCUAAUCAUACAUAUAUUCCAUUCGAUUUAUUAUCAAAUUAUCAAAAAUCGGUAUUAACUAAAUUAAAUUUAAAAUAUAAUAAUAAUAAUAAGAAAUUAAUUCCAACUUUGUUUGAUAAACAAAAUUAUGUAAUUCAUUAUAGAAAUUUAAAAUUUUAUUUAGAAGAGGGUUUAAUAUUAACUAAAAUUCAUCGAGUGCUUGCAUUUAAUCAAGAACCAUGGCUUAGAGAUUAUGUAUUGUUUAAUAAUAAAAAACGGCAGGAAUCAACGAAUGAUUUCGAUAAAAGUUUUUUCAAGUUAAUGAACAACAGUUUUUUCGGUAAAACCUGUCAGAAUGUGAGAAAGCGUUUAAAUUUAAAAACAGCCAUGACUGAAAAUCAAUGUCGAAAGUAUUUAUCUCACUCAGCUCUCGAAAAUUUCCAAAUUAUUAAUGAUAAUCUCACGAUUUUUAAAAUGAAAAAAAUUAACUUAUGUUUGGAUAAACCGAUUUAUAUAGGAUUUUGUGUAUUAGAAUUAAGUAAAUUGCAUAUGUAUCAAACAUUUUAUAAAAUAUUUAAAAAUAAAUAUGGUGAAAAUGUGAAUUUGUUAUAUACAGAUACCGAUUCGCUAACGCUUUAA